AUCCUCGAUGGUUUGUGCAACGGCAUUGCAGUCCACUCGAAGGGCGUUGCCCAUGGUGACCUUACCUCCAACAACAUCCUGAUAGAUUCGGACUGCAAUGCCCAAGUAGCCGCAGAUCAUGGAAUUCUCACAAUGUGUUCUGAGCUCUCAGGGACUUCAUACAUCAGAAGCAACGUGCGGUGGGCUGCGCCAGAGCUCUUCGAGGUCCCCGAGAGCGAAGAGUCAUUGACUCCUCAACCAGCCAGCGAUAUUCAUUCCUUCGGAUGCAUCAUGCUUCAGGCUGGAGGUGUUAUGACAGGUAGGCCACCCUAUGCAGAUGUGCGAAGCGAUUAUCAAGUCAUUGUCCUGAUACUGAAGGGUAAGAAGCCUACAAGACUAUCG